AGGAGCAGCACUGAGCGACAGAUGUGAGGUCAAGCACACACACGGACGGAGGGUGAAGUCUCUGCCCCACUGAGCCUUCCCGUGACUCCCGCUUCUCUUUGCAGCCACAACUGGAGCCGCUUCCCUGCGGUCACAGGCAGGCGAGUUUGCGCUUUUAAGAAAACUUUGUUAUAUUUUUUUUUCCUCGAAAGUUUGCCCCUGGUGUGAGCAAGCUGGAUUCCCGGAGCCCUUCACCAUGUCAGGGGGGUUUUAGGUACUCCAUGGAGCAAGCAAACCUGUACGAGGCAGCCCCUCGGCCCCUGGUGACAAACCUCGCCCCGAGUGCGCAGAACGCCUACGGCUACAAGGACGACCUGAGCGCGAUCUGCGAGAACGAGAGCUCCAUCGAUAUCAGCGCGUACAUCGACCCGGGCGCGUUUAACGACGAAUUCCUGGCCGACCUGUUCCACAGCAGCGGCGCGCGGCACGAGAAGCUCAAGCUGGCGAACGGCGGCGACUACGAAUACGGCCACAGCCUGGGAAUGGGCGCACCCGGGCCACAGCACUCGUACGGCUGCGCGGUAGCGAGCUACGGCGACUCGUCCAAGCUCGAGCCCAUGUACGAGACUCACGAGGCACGCAUGAGACCCGUGGCGAUCAAGCAAGAGCCGCGCGAGGACGGCGAGCUCGGAGAGCUCGGGCACGCGCCACAGUCCGGCGCCUACCACCACCACCCACACCAUCCGCACCACCCACACCUGUCGCACCUGCAGUACCAGAUCGCGCACUGCGCGCAAACCGCCGUGCACCUGCAGCCGGGUCACCCGACGCCUCCGCCCACCCCGGUGCCCAGCCCGCACCACCAGCACCAGCACCAUCACCAACAGCAGGGCGGCCUCGCCGUCAAAAUGAUGGGCAGCGGCACAGGCGACAGGCCCAAAAAUAAAAAGCACGUCGACAAGAGCAGCGCCGAGUAUCGGCUGAGGCGCGAGCGCAACAACGUGGCCGUGCGCAAGAGCCGCGACAAGGCCAAGAUGCGCAACGCCGAGACGCAACAGAAAGUCAUCGAGCUGUCGUCGGACAACGACAGACUGCGCAAACGCGUCGAGCACCUCACGCGCGAACUCGAGACUUUGCGGGGUAUCUUCCGACAGCUGCCCGACGGCUCAUACGUCAAAGCCAUGGGCGGCUGCGUCUAAACAGGAAAGACUGUUUUGUUUCAAGUUUCUGCAUUUUUUUUCUUUUUGUCUACUUCUUUUUCUUCUUGUUUUUGAAGUCGUGCUAUUCCUAAAGCGUUCGCUGGAUAUGUACUAGAUCACAAUUACUGAAACUGUUUCUAUACAGAAGCCAGGCAGCUGCCGUCUACACGUGCCUUUUUGUACCCCCAGUCUAAAAAAAAAAGACAAAACAAAACAACACAAAAAAACUCAAUAAGCUCCUUUUGGGACUCGAUGUGCUCCAUGUUAAGAAUGUGCAGCUCAUAGGGCAUGACUUCACAUCAGCAGCAGUUGUAUUAAAAGUGUAUUUAAAAACAAAAUGUACCAACUUUUAGGGCCUAAGUGUUUAAAAAUGUGCCCUUUUGAACUGUAAGAACUGCACGAGGCUUUUCCAAAAAGCCUAAAAAGUGCACUGACGGAAAAGAAAAUAAACACAAACUGCUAUUCUUAUUUUCCAUGUUUAAAGGUGUUGUAUUUUGGAAUUUGUCUACAAAUGGACUGAAAACGACAUGCCAAAGCAAAGGACUGGAACACAACAGGCUACAUUCCAAGCCUUUUACUACAUACCAUACCAAAACUGUGCAGAAUUGAUCAUGUAUAGUGGCGCAUAUAUAUAUAGGUAUAUAUGUGCGUGCUAUUUAGUGUGAUUGUGCGAUUUGGGACGUAGCCAAAAAUCUUCAUACUCUGGUGUCUGCCCUUCAGCUCGUAUGCACUAUGAGUCGUGGGACCUGAUGAAGCACAUUGUUUGCUCUAAAAAAAUUUGCCAUAGGUUCGGUCGGGUACUGAUGUGUAGGGCGCGCGCGUGUGUAUGUAUGUUUGUAUGUAUGUAUAUGUAUGUGUGUCUGUGUGUGUGUGCGCGUGAGUGAAUUUGUGAGGGCGCUUUUUUACAGUCCAAACUUUGUAUUUAUGCAGCAGAAUUGAGCUGAAAUGUGAAAAAGGUGCCUCUAUGCAAUGGCUGUUGGCAUGAUUUUGCAGUCAAAGUGCUGUGUAGCCCAUAUUUAUUAUCCUUUCUUUUUUAAUUCCGUGUGGGAGACUCCAAUCUCAGUGCCUUUUAACAUGUCUCCGUGAUUGACCAUCACCAUCAUCGUUGGGAGAAAUGUUUUAAACUCUCCACAUUUAAGAAAAAAGAAAAAGAAAAGAAAGAAAUAUAGGCUACAACAAGGAAAAGAAAGCACUUUUGGUAAAAAAAAAGAAAAAGUAAAAAUAAACAUACAACAGCCGCCAUAUUGCAAAUGUUAUAAGAAUGUCAUUGUGUUAUUGAAAUACAUCUCAAAUGUAAAACCAUAAGAAAAAAAAAGACAAAUUAUAAUAAAAGAACAUGGUGUUAAAUAAGA